CUGCUCGAGCCGUUGUUGCGCCGGGCCGCGCCGCCGCCGCUCCGCCAUGUGGCUGCUGGCCGCCUCCGUGCUGCUCGGCGCCCUGGGCGCAGGCUCUGCUCAGUUGAUACUUUCUGGGACAAGUGUUAUAGAAAAAAAUGGCUGUAAUGAAACUGUAGUUUUACCUUGUUACGUGACUAAUCUAAGGCAGAAAAAUAUCGAAGCCAUGUUUGUUAUAUGGAAAAAGGAAGGAACUACAAUUUUUUCUUAUCGUGGAGCAACCAAGAACUUUAAUAUUGAUCCCUCGUUUUCAUCUGCAAAAUUUUUACACCUUGAGAAUUUAACCAAUGGUGAUGCCUCACUGGUGCUCAACAGUAAACAAGCAAUUGUUGGAAAUUACAGCUGUGAAGUAACAGAAUCAAACAGAGAAGGAGAAUUCAGACUGGAACUUAGAAACGGCUCAGGAUCAUGGUUCAUUCUAGGGGAAAGGGCUGUCAUCAUAUCAUUGGUGAUCUUACUUGUUAUUUUGUGUGCAGCUCAGUUAAUUUUUAUUGGAUUAAAAUAUGAAAUUGAAUCUCAGAAGAAAGUGUGCGUUAUUAUAGCACUUGUCAUCUUUGCAAUUGUAGCUGGUGUAGGCGCUGCUCUUUUUAUCCAAGAUGGCUAUACUGUACAGAAUCAGGCUGGUCUUGGCCUAAUGGUAAUCCCUGCUGUGAUUUUGGUACCACUUCAGUACGUCAUGUUUGGAAUUGUUUUUGACAGUCAGCUGCAAGCAACCUUGGCUCUGAUAGGUUUGAAACUUCUUGGUUUUAUAAUUGCUGUGGUUGGUUUUGCACUGUGUGUCCCAGCCUGUCCUCCAUUACACGGGUCUGUUCUGAUUGCUGGCUUAGCUAUUAUGGCUAUUGCAAGUUUGCUCAGUCUGGCUUACGUGUUUAUUAUGGGUUCCAGAAUGAAAGAUCAUCCUCGUCCGGGGAAAGCUGUAGAAGAACCACUAAAUGAUGCAAAAGGAGUGAUGUUAGAAUGAUGACCUGCAGAGUUAUGUGACACGUAUAUAAAAAGUACACCGUUGUUGAUACACCGUGGCCUUGAAGAUGCACUACUCAACAAGAAGAAAUUCAGGAAUUAGUUGUUUUGCAUGUGUGGCAAAAG